AGGGGGCAGUAAUAGCUAAUGUGACGCGUGCAUCGUGUUGCCGAACGUGUUACAGAACCACCAGAAGCUAGCUGUAUUCAGUAGGCUAUGCGUGGGAUUCAUCCAUUACUCGUCUUUAGUCGUACAGUGACUUGUAGGAAUUUUGUAAAAGCAUUCCAGUUGUGUUAUCGUACAUCUUUUCAGAGGGAUAUUCAUACCACGCGACAGUUCUUUAGCUAAUGUUGGCUUACUGAGGGCCCUGUGAUCAAAUUACAGAUGCAAAAAGAAUGUCUCACUCUCAACACAAGAAGAAUGGUAUCCCUGAUAGGUGGACCGAUUACAAGGCUGUGGGUAAAAGGAUACCUGGAACGCGCUUCGUUGCUUUUAAGGUCCCUUUGAAACAGUCCCUUUUAAGUCGCUUGACCGCCUCCGAGGCAUUUGGUCCAAAUGAUCUUGUACAUGUGUUGGAGGAGGAGAAGCAACAGCUGGGACUCAUCAUUGAUCUCACUUUCACAACACGCUACUACAAGCCACAGGAUUUGCCUGAUUCUGUGUACUAUGUGAAGAUCUUCACUGCUGGACAUGAGGUUCCAAGUGAUCCGACCAUCCUCAGUUUCAAGAGGGCAGUUAGAAAAUUUUUACUUGACAACGAAGAUAACGAUAAGCUGAUUGGUGUCCAUUGUACCCAUGGGCUGAAUCGUACAGGUUACCUUGUGUGCAGGUACCUAAUUGAUGUAGAUGGAAUUGAACCAAAGAAAGCCAUAGAAUUAUUUAACACAUCAAGAGGACACAACAUAGAGAGACAAAACUACAUUGAUGACCUGCAGCAAGGGCCUAAGAGGAGUAAUGAAGGUAUGGAGGAACCAGAUCAAGAGCCUGCCCAAGGUUAUGCCAACCAGAGACAUCCCAAUGCCCCCUUCGCCCAGACCCAGGUCUCUAAACACCACCCACCCUUCAGGAACCAGAGACCACGGCAGAGGGACUGUGAUGUGCCAUAUGAAGAUAGUUUUAGACCUCCUCAUGCCUGGGGGAUGAACCAUGGGUUUAAUGGCGGUCCAGGCCUCCUGCCCCCUCCUCCUGGGUUCUACCCUGGGCCUGGCCUCUUCCCUGACCCUCCUCCAUUCAUGAGGCUGCCCCAAAGGCAUCAUCCCUCGGACAGGGACAGGAGGGGACCCCCUCACCCCUGCGCUCCUCCCUACCCGAUACUACCGCGCUACAGGUUUAGCGGACCACAGGAGGGUUCCCCAGGCUCCCAGCAGCACCUGCCACAGGGGCACCAGCGGAAGUCACGGGACCGGGACCGGCCCCGACCACACAAGCACGGACAACGGGACCGUUGGACUUGACCGCGGCAAGAAGAAACAAAGCUGUGCUGUUUCUAUGUGUACCAAAGCUGCCGAUUGAACACUGCGACAAAUACGUGGUAGUCAAAUUCUGUGAGAAUGUUUACAAAAAAAUUACAUAUAACUUAUGCAUUCUCUGAACACUAUGGCUGGCUUAAUUAUGGAGAUUGUGUUGUCUUACUGGAAUAGGAAUGUAGGAAAACAACUGGCUAUUGCUGCUAUGGGCUGUCAUUUAUUUGGUUGAACAACCGAGGAGAAUCCUGUUUCUCUAUGGAUUUUACAUAAUAUUUAUUAGCAUCAUUUAACUCCAGGCUGUUUUAAGGCAUGACUGGAUUCGACCAUUUGGCCUUGGUUUCUGUUAUAAUCAAACUUUUUAAUCUGGUUUUAAGCUAUGGGCUACGACUUAAGUGAUUUCGCCUUCCUAGACCAUGGGCAAGCAAGCAGCUUGUAGCUAUAUGGAUAGACUUUAUCCUAAAUACAUUUUCCUGAGAGUUUUAGCCUUUCCAGGAGCAAUGUAAGUGAUCUUCGUCUCAAGUGCCUUUUUUAUUUUUUAUUUUUAUUUUAUGUAAUUUUUAAAUUUCCUGUUGGUCCAAGGAAAGUCAUCUUGGGUCAAUGUUGGUAAUUCAGUUUCCAUUCAAUGCUCUACAGAGGGUCACAAUGAUUUGUACUAUUUACAGUAGGUUUAAACAUCAUGUAUUAAAAAAAAGAAAAUGCU